AUGGCAGCGAAGGGGGAGGGUUUGAACGUUGCACGUGCGGUUACGGAGGGGGGAGCGGAAGGGCGGGCGGAAGGGGGGGCGGAAGGGGGGGCGGAAGGGGGGCCGAAAGGGGAGCGCGUUAAUGAGGCGGGUGCCCAGCGGGAGGGGAAUGGCGGAGGCGGAGCGCCGGGGGGAGGGGGGAGUAGUGGGGAUGCGCGCAGCGGAGAAGGAGGAGAGGUAGUGGGGGAAAUUGAGCGGCGGCGGGUUGAGGGUUUGGGGGGUGAGGGGAAGAAGGAAGAGGAGGUAUUGGCGGAGGUGAGAAGGCGGAUUUUGUUCCGCAAAGGGGGAAAGGCGGAAGCAUUUGCGCGGACAGGGGGAGGAGCUGGGGAGGAUACGGGGAACGGAAAAGGAGGGGAUCAGGUGGGGGAGGGCGGAUCUGGGGAAGCGGGAAGAUUAAGCGGAGAGGUGCUGUUGCAGCGCGGCAAGUGGUGGGGCAGCACGGGCAUUGUCCGGCAGCAACGGCUCUUCUUGCAUGCUGAAGAGGCAGUGUUCCUGAUGGAGAAAGGCUCUCUGCUUCUCCUCUCCCCAUCCGGCUGCCCCGUCCCCAUCCAAACCCUCUACCACGCCCUGCACUCUCCUGCCCUCGGCUGUGAGCUCUUUCCCUCUCGCACGGUGGGCUUUCUCUCCCUCAAGGUGAGCAUUCCAGAGGAGGGGCUAAAGCCCAUCACUCUCCCGUUCCCUCUCUCCCUCUUUCUCCCCCUCCUCCUCCCCUCUUCCCCCCCUGUCCACCUCUUCCCUUCUCCCCAUCGGCACUCGUAUGCCAUAUAUCUGCCAUAG